UGGCAACAGGACGAGCCGAGCCCGUGGGUCUCCCUUUGUUCCUCUAUGCUUCCCCCCAAACGACUACCACUGACACUUUGCAGCUUCGGUUCGAACGACGAGACGAUUGAGUAACUACAACUCCGUGAUUCCGCCCCCGGAGCCCCUCAACACAGAUCCCGACAUGCACCCUCUCAAGCGACGCUUCGAGCCGGUCUUGUUGGACCGCUACCCGCCAAAGGAUGCGACAAGCGAACUCGGACGACGAGGCAAAUUUCCUGACUAUGUGCCAAUGUUCGCCUUUCCCAACGAUAUACAGAUAGUGUCGUCCGAUGACCGGCCGCGAUCCACAUGGCACGGCUUCACCAUGACAUCUGACGACAACUCCAAACUAUAUGGCAUCACCAUAAUUAUAUGGAUGGCGGUGAACGCGUCCGUUGCCGAAGAGAUAGAACUCAAAUGCGAGCAAUGGCGGCAGAGUCACAUGUCCAACGAGGAGCGGGAGUUGGCCGCGAGCUUGGGCGUCAGGCUGGCUGGCGAAAGGACCCAUCUGUCGCAUCUUCUGGCCAAACUCCCCACAUUGCCUUCUGGUGCGCCUGCUCGAGACCGCCUCGAGGACGAAAUCAGUACUGUGGAAGAGAAAAUUUCCAUGAUGACAGACAUGCUCCGACCGCUGCGGCAUGGUGCUGCUUCCAAGAUCGAGGGCUUGACUGCCGGCGAGACGGGGCUGUGGACACCCAGGGCGUACGGUGUACUGGGUCGAGAUCCUGCUACGAUUCCUUUCUGGAAGGAGUGGCUGAAGGCCAUCGUGGUGCCUAUGACCGAUGGCGGAGUUCUCAGAGUCCCCCCGACCUCGCCACGUGUCGGCAAAUGGCAGCCGUUGGAGCGCUAUGUGAUAAACUUGUGCACAGAGGCCUUCAGCCCACUCGCGUCCAAGACGCAAGUGGAGAUGAGCAUACGCGAGCUCAAGCUGUAUGCUCGCAGGGAGGCGCACAAUGAGAUCCCUGGUACGCGAACGGUCGAUCUGUAUGCCCUCUUCCGUUGCUUGUCCAUUGAGAACAUCAUGACACUCUACGAGUUCGCCAUGUCCGAAUCGCGCAUCAUCUUCUUAUCCUCGCACACGAGCAUGCUGCAUCUAGCUUGCCACGCUAUUGCAAGCCUGCUGUACCCCAUCAAAUGGGCCAGCAUCUUCAUUCCUGUGCUUCCCGCGCGUCUGAUAUCCGCACUGGACGCCCCCUGCCCUUACAUCGUCGGGGUGGAGCGUCGGUACGAGAAGAUUGAGUUGCCUGAUGACGAUUACGUCCUGGUUGACCUGGACAACGACACAAUAGAUGCCACCUCGCAGCCCGUGAGGUUGCCACGCCCAAUUCGACGAAAGCUUCACUCCUUACUGCAGGUCGCAGCACCACACAAGCUGCGAUGCGGCGUGGCGACUGGUCCACCACCGUAUGCUAUGGAGUCGUUCCCUUAUGAUGCAUUCUCCACGGAGAAUGGUUCGCUGUUCACCCCAAAGGCUGUCCCAGGCACACUAGGCAAGUGGGUGGCACAAAGCUCAUCCACCUUUGGAGCACCAGAUCCCACGGUCGAGCUUCUACCCCCUGUGUUUAAUGCCUUCGCAGUCGCACCAACAGACAGUGCGAAAUCCGAUCGACCAGGGACGAGCAAAUCAAGCAAGACCAGCCCACAAUCGUCUGUCUCGCCGGUGUCCAUGAAUUUUCCACCCAUGCCGACAACGCCGAUUUCUAGGAGCGAUUCGGGCUAUGCUCUGGCAGCGACCCUGCGUGAGAAGAGAUCGGGACACUUUAGGGAUGAGAAGGGUCGGCGAAGCUCGUCUUUUGGCUUUGAGCAUCCACCUAUGCCGCCUCCCCAACAUCGGCCUAGUCUGCCAUUCCUAAAUGGUCAUCAAACCAACAUGUCAAUCUCCUCCAUCUCCGCCGAGUCAAUGUCGUCUCUUGGCGGUGGAGGCGGUGGAAGUGGUGGAGGAGGCUACGCACCAUCUACAUACGCACAGUCCACGAUCGCUGCUUCAACCAUUAUGCCGCAAAUGCAAGUGCAACCCGUGCACAACACGGACACCACGAUCUGGGUUGAGGGCCACUGCUUCAACUGGACGGCCAAGAGCACAGCGUCUUGCACGAUAUGUACGGAUAAGGCUGAAGAGGACGGCAUCUACAUCUGUUCCGGAUGCAACGCGACGUCUCACGGGAGGUGUCUCGGCGUAGUGUCUGUGGUCUGUCCAGAGGCUUUCCUCCAGGACCGCGUCCGCGCAGCAUUCGUUCGAUGCCAAGCCAGUCUUUUCUACACGUAUCGCAAGUAUCUCGGUCGUCCAAACAAGCAACAAAAGACGAAUGGCCAAUUAUUCGCGUUCGACAUGGAUGGAUUCAUCAAGAGUCUCCCCUACGAUCAGCAGGAGUAUGCCACUAUGCUGAGGGAAACACAAGGAUUUAACGAGUUCAUCCACGACCGUGAGACAAAGCCAGCCACUGAACCCACUAUUCGCCUCUUCGACGAGGUGAUCAUGGCAAAGAAGGCCCGCGGGCGCCCAGGCAUAGCAGCCGGCCUCUCAAGACUCUCCACCAUACGCCAGUCAGCCGGCGCGUCAGCCAACGCUUCCGGCUUCUUGGCACCAUCUCGAGGCGGCAAGCCGGCAAACUAUCUCAGCGACACGACCGAGCACAUCUGGCGGACAGCCUCCGUCCCGAUGCCCAAGGGCAGUUUCCCCGGAGAUUACCACGCCAUCAUCACCAGGACGCCUGCGCGUCUCGAUCGCACAUUGAUGCGCGAGCCGCGAGCUGCGCAGGGCGUCCAGCGUCCCGAGCAGCGCGGUGGCAUCAGAGGCGUCUUGCGCAAGCAGGUGCCCAGCAUGAUAGGCACCACACCGCCUUCUUGAGCCCACUUACUUACAUAUUAUUGUCUGUACUCUACAUCAGCGUGUAAUGUCAACUGUUCUACACACACACACAUACACACUCAACCUUGACUUUACGGCGAACACUGGUGGUAGCGACGUCAAGGUGCAAAUUUCCAGAUUUGAAAAAAGGGGGAUCAGGUUGGCCAAACAUGACUGAGUCGCUUGUCAGCAUAGAGCACGUGGUCAACAAUGGGUAAAAUAGGAGGGGACCCGUAGAUCGAGUCCAUGGGGUCCGUUGGAAAAGAAACAGUCCUAAAUGGGAAAAUGCACAAACAAUAACGUUGGCGCACAUUGUCCUACCGAUACAAUACAGAUGAUAAACUGUGUACGUAGGAAAUAAUGUAGCUGCCAGUAAUCUUCCCGAUUCGUCAAAUGAUAGAACAGUACGUAGCAGGGCAAAAAGAAAAGGGGGUGGCCAGCUACCUACCAGAUAAGCUCAAACAACGCCUCCGAGACAUGUUCUGCGUUAAAGCUU